UGUACUCAGGCAUGUGUACCCAGAUCUUUAAGGAGGAAACAGGGAUCACUCUUGGUACCAUGUACUGCUUCGUUCACUUGAGCAUUCAAGAGUUUAUUGCUGCCCUUUAUGCACAUCUGUUUCUAGAAAUCAACAAGAAAUAUGUGUUUGAUCAAGACUCUACAGAACAGGAAAACAAAAGUGAAACCAUGAUUGAUUUGCUCAAGACUGCAGUGGACAAGGCACUAGAGAGUGAUAAUGGACACCUGGAUCUUUUUCUUCGUUUCCUCCUUGGUUUGACACUCCAGUCCAAUCAGAGACUCUUACAGGGUCUGUUGACACAUAAAUAUAGAAAUGAGCAGAGCAAAGAGGAAAUAGUUCAGUACAUCAAGCAGAAAUUAGAGUCUAAUCUGUCUCCAGAGAGAUCCAUCAAUCUGUUCUACUGUCUGAAUGAACUGAACGACCAAACUCUGGUGGAAGACAUUCAGACCCACCUUAGCAAAGGAAGUCUCUCAUCUGCUGAUCUGUCACCUGCCCAGUGGUCUGCUUUGGUCUUUGUGUUGUUGACAUCAGAGGAGGAGCUGGAAGAGUUUGAGCUUCAGAAAUUCAAGAAAUCAGACGAGUGUCUCAUUAGAUUAUUACCAGUCAUCAAAACCUCUAAAAGAGCUCUGUUAAAUGAUUGUGGCUUAACUGACAAAAGCUGUCCAGCUCUGGCUUCAGUUCUUGGAUCAGAUACCAAUCUGAAAGAGCUGAACAUGAACAAUAAUAAUCUGCAGGAUUCAGGAGUGAAGCUGCUCUGCACUGGAUUGAAGAAUAUUAACUGCAAAUUAGAGACACUGAGUCUGAAGAACAACUGUAUCACAGAAGGAGGUUGUCAUGUUCUGGCUGCAGCUCUAAAUUCAAACCCUUCAAAUCUGACAGAGCUGGAUCUGAGUGAGAAUAAAUUAGGAAACCCAGGAAUGAAGAUCAUCUCGACUCUGUUGGAAAAUGUACAGUGUAAACUGGAAAAGCUGAAGUUAAACUGCAUCAGUAUUACAGAUGAAGGUUGUGCUGCUCUGGCAUCAGCGUUUAAUUCAAACCUCAGAGAGCUGGAUCUGAGCAGGAAUCAAAUAGGAAACUCUGGAGUGACAGAAAUCUCCAGUCUGCUGAGAAAUUCACAGACACUACAGAUACUCAGGUCUGAAUUUGGUUAAU